AUGGAAAUCGAAGAGAAACCAGUCACACAGCCAAUCAGAAGAAGAAGCGCUUCAAAAGCUGACCGGAAUCUAUCCGAUCCAAUUGAGUAUACAGUGGGAAGUGCCGAGGAAAUGGUGGACAAAUUGAUGAAAUCAGAGAUCACAGCGGAAGAAACGAGGUGGCCAAAAGAAGUCGACAUGUAUAAGCGGAGAAUCAACGCAGACUUCAAAUUCGAAGGAAAACUAUGCGGCGAAAUGACGUUCAACGAAAGCGCUGAGAAAUGCAUCAUUUGCGGUAAAAACGAUGAUCACGUAUUGUAUUCUUGUCAAGGAUUGAUGAAUGGUUUCACCAACAACACGAUUUCCGUUCCACUCUGCAAGUCAAAGUUUCAUUAUGAAUGCAUCAAGGAUUACAAUGCUUCUGAUUAUCAUAUUCGUUAUAUUGCUUUGCCAGAAUGUCAAAACAAACUCCUGUGCCCUCUUCAUUUUUGUGAUGUCUGCUAUUUGGAGAGGAACAAGCAAACUGCAUUUAAGGGAGAUUUGGUUGAAUGUGCUUUAUGUUUUCGUGCUUAUCAUGCUGAACAAUGUACACCGAUUGGAUCGCAGAGUGUGGAUGUUACUAUGAAGCUGGAUGAAGUGAGUAUUUUGUUACUAGAUGAUGAAUUUAGAAUGAUUAUUUUUCUAGAAUUUCAAAACUCGAAUGCUCAUUUGCUCUGCACAUCGUCCGAAAAAAGAAGUUCAUUCCCAUAUCGCAGAAUGUUGCGAGUGCAAAGACAAAGAAAAGCUCACACGUUGUCCAACUUGCAUUCGCUCAUUUCACAAAGAAUGUCGAGUUACUAAAUCAAUCGGUGGCGUGCCUAUCGACACCAACUCUUGCGAAUAUUGUUUGACUGGAGAAACUGUUGGAAUGAACUCGAAAGUGACAGCAAAGUGGCGCGGUAAAUUUUACGAGGGAAUCGUUCGAGAUUGGAGCUGGGCACCGGAGAAAUUGAAAAAAUCGACGUUGUUUGGAGAGCUCGGUUAUUGUUUGAUUCAAUGGAGCGGUUCUUCGGUUCAAUAUUCGAUCGCCGUUGUCGAUCAUUGUGCACCAAUGUCUGUUGGAUGGUCGAAGUUGUCCGGAGAAAAUCGAAAUGCGAGAGAACUUCGCGAUGUGACAUUCCCAUCAAUGCUUAAACCCGUUGGAAGAAGAUUAGAUGUUGGUUUUUGAUAAAUGGAUUCAAAAUUUCUGUAUUUGUUUUUUACAGACCGCGAAAUAUUUGGAAAAAGGCGAUGAAAAAGUGUAUAUCAAAGCCGAAUCUGACACAUACGCUUGCACAUGCGCUACUAAAAUCGGAAAUCAUUGCACAACUGCUUCUUGUUCGAAUGUAAGAGACAAUUAUGAGUGCUCUCCUCAUUGUUCAGAAGAAAACGCCAAAUGUAUGAAUCGUGGUAUCUCGGAAAAAAGACCGCAUCCACUCAUCGAAAGAAAAGAGACAGCAACCAAGGGAUAUGGUGUUUUUGCAAAUGGGCAUAUUUCGAAGGGAGAAUUCAUCGCCGAAUAUUCCGGAGAGAUUUUAAAUAGAAAAGAGUUUGAAAAACGCAACAAAUUGGUUUCGGCUGCUCGAGACGAUGAGGCGAAUUUGUAUAUGGUUCAAAUGUCGCACGGUCGCGUGGUUGAUGCUGCUCGCGCUGGAAACAUUGCUCGCUACAUCAAUCACAGUUGCGAUCCGAAUUGCAGAAUCGAGUGUCGACAGGUGAUCGUCAAACAGUCACGCAAACAGUUUUUCUAUGAUGAACGUGUUGCUGUUGUUGCGAUUCGAGAUAUUGAACCGGGCGAGGAAAUCAGUUUUGAAUAUCUAAUGCAAUCCCAGUAUGGAACAAAAGCACCUGUUUGUAAAUGUGGUGCACCAAAUUGUAAACGAACUCUUGGAGAAGUCAAAGACGGCGAUAUUGUUGAAAUUUGUGACGAGGAUGAGAAAGAAAAGGAGAAUUUGGCAAAGAAGAACGAAAAGAAAAGAGGAACGAAGAGAAAGGCUCAACAACAACAACAAGUCGAAACGGCAUCAAAGGUGAGAUUUUCAAAUGGAAUUCUUCGAAAAAAUAUAUUAUUUUUUCUCAGAGGCGUCCAUCAGAACAAGCUUCACUCAAUAUUCCCGAGGUUUUCCAAAAAUUUGCUGAUUCUUUUGAUGGAAAUUCAGCGGAGAAGAAAAAGUUGAUUGCCACUGGAAAACAAUUUGAAAGUCUCGAAUACCAGGCACAAUUUCUGAACAACGCUUUUCUCACUCUGAUCAAAUGUGAGUUUUUUUUUUGAAAUUGUGAAUUUAUAAAUAUUUCAUUCUUCUGAAUUUCAGAUGACGACGAGAAAAUGCCAAAAUUAGAAGUCGAAGAAAUUCCAGAAGAAAUUCCAGAUGUGAAACCGAGUGUGAAGAAACGCGGUCGGGCUCUUUCGGCCAAAAAUCCACCGAAUCUCACCGUCUCACUUCGUAAAACCAGAUCCAGAUCCAGAACAAUUCCCGCUCCACCAGCUUUGGAUUCUGAAAUUCUUUCGGAUCCAAACGAACCAGGACCAUCACCAUAUUCAAAUCCAGAUGCUCUUCCACCAGGCCCAUCAACAUCUUUCCAAUUCUAA